AUGAGCUUAUUGCAUCUGGCCGCAGUGACGGGACAGCGAGCGGAGCUCCUGGAGCUGUCGUCUCGUCUCCAGGUCCUCUCGAGGGACAAGGAGAACCUGACCAAGGCAUUGGCCAAGGCCCAGGUGAGUCUCGUCAAAGUUUUAGCACGCGACGAGGAUCGUCUUGCUCUUUACGGUGCUGACACGUUCCUCAUCCAGAACGAGAAGGUGGAGAUGGCCCACCGUUACGAAGCACGCCUGACGGAGCUUCACAGCGUGAUCGCCGAACUCGGUCGGAAGCAGGAAGCCCAUCAGGCGUCCAUGAUCCAGGAGGAAGAAUUGGAGGAAGUGGAAGAAGUGGAGGAAGUUGAGGAGUUGGAAGAUCAACUGGAGGAUCAUUUGGAGAAUCGGCUGGAAGAACAGUUGGAAGAGCAAGAGGCAGAAGAGGAGGAACCCAACUGCAAAGAGUCGGAGGAUUGUGCCGAGAAGGACGAAUUUAGGAUCCCUCAGCCUCUGGAAGCUGCUGCAGCUUCAUCUCCUGCUGCACAUCUCAAUGAAGGGACGCUGGGAAGCUCAGAGAGAGAAGAAGGCGAAGCAGAACGCUUGCGAUCCUCCCUGGACAUUCUGAGAAGGGAGAAUGCAUUCCUCAGAAAAAAGGUGAGGGACAUCUUAUCCCCACAUGUAAGAGUUAGCAUCAUUGUGAUCCUGAGGACAUUUCUCCUGCUCUGUGGGAAGUUGUUCGAGUUGGAGCCAGCAGGGGAGGAGGAACGGACGGGUGGGGUCGAGCUCGUGACCCGGGUGGCGGAACGCAUCCGUCUCAGACGGGUCGAACAGGGGGACAAGCACCUUUCUGGCUCUGACAUAUCUGCUUUUGGGGGGGUUUCAAGCACCCGAAUGGCGGAGCACCUUGCCGAAGACAUUCGCAAGGACUCAUCUACGCAGGAACUCUUCAAUGCAUUGGCAGGGUGUGCCUUGCCUGAGAUGCAGGUCAAGGAAUUCGAGGUGGAACUGGAGCGGCUCAAUGCCAAAAUGGAACACCUGCGUGCCGAGAACGAUGUCCUCUCCCUCACCCUCGAGGAGACUAAGUCCCAGUGCAAUCAUCUGAGCGUGCUCCUUGGAAGGUAUGAAUCAAACUGCACUGCAUUGCGGCUGGCCCUGACAUGCACAGAGCAGGUUGUAGAGGCAUAUGAGGCUCUCCUGGGCCUGCUUGAAAGCGAGUUGGGGAUGCUGAUGGCCAACUGUCGACUGGCUGGGGUCCUUGGGUCCAGGUCCUCUGAUGAAGAUGCUCAGGAGACUUUGAAAAAGGCUGUGCAUGGGAAGGCACAUAAGGAGAAUGCAGCCCAAAGGGUCCUCGUGUCUCUGGCCACUGCCGAUCGACUGUAUCCUUCACCUAGUAGGACAAGUAUUGGCAGCACGGGAAGUGGAAGCAGUGGUGGCCGGUCAGAUGGGAUGGGUGGAGGUGGGGAAGACAAGCAACUCAGGGCUCACAUCUCUCGGUUGAGGCGGGAGAAGAAGCGGAUUCUGUCCACGGUUGUGGAUGACCUCGAGUGCCCUCCCCUGCAUACGACUGAUUCCUCUGAACUACCACCGACUCACUUUGAGGCUCACAAGAUAGAUCUUGAGAAUGCUAUUCUUCUUCAGGAACUCGCAGGGCUGAAGGAGGAGAAGGCCGAGUUGAAAGCCCAACUUUAUUUGAUGGAGAAGGAGAAGUCGUCUCUGGACCUACGACUGGAGGGAAAAGAGACACACGAAAACGUCCUUCGCACCCAGAUCCAACUCCUCCAUGCUGAAUUAAGGGAAACCAAAGACCCAUCUGCCCGACAAACCCAUGAUGGAGUCGAAGAUCAGGUGUGCCGCAUGUCAGAAGCCGAGAAGCAUCGGAAACUGAUCGAAUCCAUGAGGAAGGAGAGGCGUUUGAGGACCAAGGUCUCCGAGCUGACGAACCUUCUCGAGAAACUCAACCGCAACUGUGAGCUCAGGCUGCAGCAGUCGUCGGAAUUCACGGCCGACCUGAAACGAGCCAAUGCGGCAUUGAUGCAAGCGAUAGAGCGAUGCAAACGACGCACCGAGGGCAAGAACAAGCGCCUCGAGCGACAGAUGCUCACUCUGGUCGAGACUCAUGCCGCACAGAUUCGGAGCAUGAAGGGAAAGAUAUCAUACCUCGAGGAACGGCUGGCCCACCGAGCCUCCCACCCGAGUCUCGCCUCCGAGACGGAACUCUGAUCCAUUUGCUGUGACAUUUCUUCUCUUCCGUUUGUCUUCCUACUUAGAUUCUUAUGGCAUUUUUAUCAUGUUGCUUCUUCUGGAAUACAACAUAUGCUAUUUUUAUCACUGG